GUUCUCACAUUCGAUACGGACCGCAUUCAACUUUACCAGCCCAACAGUAAUUGAAGCAAGACAUUUCUAGUGAUUUUACAAAUUAAAUCUUGACGCACUCGCUAUUCUCAUUGGGUCUAGUCUCGAGACUGCCUAGGACCUUGGAAGGUGUGUUCACCUGAAGCUCCCCUUGUCACCGCAGUCAUCUCGCCACGACAUACUCGGCAAUACCGACUUCGACAUCGCCAACUUCAACUACGAGUACGACCAUCAAACUGGCGUGGUUCUGGACCUCAACCCCUUCCGACGACAGCUCAUCCACUUCGUCGCCUAGUCGGCGCCCUCCUCCUACCACCUCUCCCACACCACCGCAGCCUCGACACACACGGUCAUCGUCGUCCCAAACCAACAACCUCGACCACCACAGUCCCAGUGGCAGCCCCAUCAUGUCCCGACCGACGCCCACCCCACCGCUCACACCACAAUUCUGCUUCGACACCCGAGUGCUGCGAGACUUUCUCCGACUCUCCCGGUCGAGCAUAGACGACAGCAUCUCGACGACGCUCAACGCCCUCGUCACCCCAGCGAGCACGUCUCCCUUUGACCCGAGGUCCACCGCCGUCCGCAGCCCGCCGUACCCUCGCCCUCCCAUCCCCGCACCCACGACAAGAACCUUUCUCGAGACCGUGCUCUUCCCGAGUUGGAGUUCUCGGGCGAGCGUGAUACAGUACUGCACGUCGGUGGCGACGUCGCCGGACCCGGAGGACCCCGAGUCCCUGGAACGAGAGACCCUGAACCGCCGGGACGCCGAGCGGGUCGUCGACGAGCGACUCGACCCUUACAGUGCACGUUUCUUCCCCCGGGAAGCGCGCACGGAAAUGUUGGCGAGCGUCCUGCGCAACGAGGUGGCCGUCGAAGGGAUAAUAAGGACGCGGACGUGGGGGAUCGUGGCGGACCGGUGCGAGGGGGUCGGCCCUAACUGGGAAGGCGAGUUCGACCGGUGGAAAGAGUCUACAGAAAGAAAAACAAACACCGGUUGAAACACAAUGCCAAACUGUGUUUCUGUAUCGACAUUGCGGCACAUUCUACUCCGGACCUAAAUGUCGCUUGACAAAGUUUUGAAACAAAAACACAAACAAGAGGAUGAUACGGCUAGCAUUUCCAUUUCCUUGCAAGCACCAACUACGCCUGUCAUUAACGGCAUGGGGUUGUCGCAGGUUCAUGAUAGCCCCCCAUGGCGUGUGCAUGCAUUCAAGGCAAUCCACCGGGAAAAGUAUAGAUGUGCAUCAAUGUAAUGGGAGCCGUUUACGGAGUAUAGGCAUAUUCAUAGCAUAUAGCAUGGACGGAGCGAGCGACCUUCCAAUGUCUACGGCACGGGACGAUGAAACCGUGUUGAAAUAUAAUCCCUACUUAUCUAAACGAACAUAAUACACGUGUG